AGCGAGGUCGUGGGGAGGAGGCGGGACUUCCUGGGCCGGAAGCGACGAGCCCGGGAGCGUGGAGCGGGGCGGGUCGUUGGGGCCGGUCCUCGGGAAGGACGCGGGCCGGGGGAAGCUCAGCCUCGGGAAGUGUUCUCCGCGUAGGGAGGCUGUGCGAGUCUCCCGCACUCUCCUGGCCCUUUGAGAAUAGCGGCGGUCGGGACAUGGACAGCCGUCUCCAGGAGAUCCGCGAGCGGCAGAAGCUGCGCCGGCAACUCCUAGCCCAGCAGUUGGGAGCUGAGAGUGCUGACAGUAUCGGUGCAGUGUUAAAUAGCAAAGACGAGCAAAGGGAGAUUGCUGAGACCAGAGAAACUUGCAGGGCUUCUUAUGACACUUCAGCUCCAAAUGCGAAGCGCAAAUAUUUGGAUGAAGGGGAGGCUGAUGAAGAAGACUUGGAAGAAUAUAAGGAUGAAGUAGAAAUGCAGCAAGAUGAAGAGAACCUGCCAUACGAGGAAGAGAUUUACAAAGACUCUAGUACUUUCCUUAAGGGGACCCAGAGCUUAAAUCCUCACAAUGAUUAUUGCCAACACUUUGUUGACACAGGACACAGGCCCCAGAAUUUCAUCAGAGAUGUGGGUUUAGCAGAUAGAUUUGAAGAGUAUCCUAAGCUGAGGGAGCUUAUCAGACUGAAGGACGAGCUGAUCUCAAAAUCAAACACUCCUCCCAUGUAUUUACAAGCAGAUUUAGAUGCUUUUGACAUCAGAGAACUAAAAUCCAAAUUUGAUGUAAUUCUUCUGGAACCUCCUUUGGAAGAGUAUUACCGAGAAACUGGAAUCGCUGCUAAUGAAAAAUGUUGGACUUGGGAUGAUAUUAUGAAGCUAGAAAUUGAGGAGCUUUCCGGACUGCGGUCGUUUGUCUUUUUGUGGUGCGGCUCCGGGGAGGGCCUGGACCUUGGCAGAGUGUGUUUACGUAAAUGGGGUUACAGAAGAUGUGAAGAUAUUUGCUGGAUUAAAACCAACAAAAACAAUCCUGGGAAGACGAAGACUUUAGACCCAAAGGCUGUCUUCCAAAGGACAAAGGAGCACUGUCUGAUGGGCAUCAAAGGGACUGUUCGGCGUAGCACAGAUGGCGACUUCAUUCAUGCCAAUGUGGACAUUGACUUGAUCAUCACAGAAGAACCUGAAAUUGGAAAUAUAGAAAAACCAGUAGAGAUCUUUCAUAUUAUUGAACAUUUUUGCCUUGGUAGAAGACGCCUUCACCUUUUUGGAAGGGACAGUACAAUUCGACCAGGCUGGCUUACCGUGGGACCCAAUCUUACCAAUAGCAACUUCAAUGCAGAAACCUAUGCUUCCUAUUUCAGUAUUCCUAACUCCCCUCUGACGGGAUGUACAGAAGAGAUUGAGAGAUUGCGGCCAAAGUCACCUCCUCCGAAAUCCAAAUCUGAUCGAGGAGGUGGUGCCCCGAGGGGGGGCGGCAGGGGGGGCACUUCUGCCGGCCGCGGAGAGAGAGGCCGAGAGAGGAACCGAUCGACCUUCCGAGGAGAGAGGGGCGGCUUUCGAGGGGGCCGUGGGGGGGCCCACCGAGGGGGCUUUCCCCCUCGCUAGCUCCAUCAGAGGCUCGACCCCUUCGGUUCCUCUUUUCCUUCAGGUCUCUGCUAGGGACUCACUUUAGGAACCAAAGCCAGUCGACUCCUCGAAUUUGGAAACCAUCGGCUACCUCCUCGUGUGCUUCUCCCCCGUGGCAGGCUUCAUCUGCUUCGUGUUGAGUAGGUGACCAUGCCAUUGGUUAUGUGCAUGUGACUGAGCAGAGGGCAAAAACAGAAGUACCUUAGCCCAGAUGAAACUAGUCUAGUCUGUUCUAGAUCAGCCAGGCCCUUUACUCUGCUUAAAUGUCCCAAGAAAACCUUUCAAGCUAAACUCUUACUAGUGCCCAGACAAGGAGCAAAGCCCGCUCCCUCUCCUUUUCCUCAGUCACUUUCCUAAAAGGCCUAAGACCUGUCUUGGCAUCGAUGAAAUAGAAUGGGAGACCUGCUCUAACAGCAAAACGAUGGGUAAGAUUUUUGGUUUUAAUUUUUUUUUUUUUGUUUCAGAGUCAAACAGGUAAUUAGGCAGAGUUUGGCUCUUCAGCAGGCAUUGAAGGCAGAAGCUUAUCAGAAGCACGACAGUAAUACUUCUGUGUGUAUCAAUGACUCCUUGUCUUCCUUAAAAGCAUGAUGGUGAAAAGUCCCGAUCUUAGAUGGGCUCGGGCACUUUCAGAUUUCCAGCAUCCGUUGUAGGUUUUCUUAAAAGAAGUGAGGGAAGCUGUAUGACCUGACCAAAGGGUUAAUAGGGAUUAUCAGCUGCCUCCUUCACAUAUCCCUGAAAAUGUAAUGCUGAGUGGUGACAAAAGUGGCAUUUGUUCUAAAAACUGUACAACGCAGCUUGUGGAAAGAAAUCGGAUUCUGCUCAUUGCAGCUAUGUUUUGUUAACAUUUUUUUAUGAGACUGAUUUGGUAAAUCAUUCAUAUGACGCUUUAUACAACCUAGUUCUGUAACUCAUGUUUUCAAAAAACUUGUUGACUUUGGGGCAGUGAGAAUGAUUAAUUUUGAUAAAUACCUUUUUAUAAUA